AUGGCGUCCGUCGCGCGGAGGACGCGGACUACUCAAGCCCUGAACGGGGAUAAGAACUCCGAUGCCAAGUCCUCCCUCUGUUCAACCGCCGGCUGCGGCGGUCGUGGAGGAGAUGCCCUAGCUUCCAGAACCAGGGUCAAGACCCAGUGCGACAGCCCGGAUGUCAUUCUCCUUGAUGAUGAGGAGGAGGAGGUGGUGGUGGGAGAGGGAGGAGGAGGAGGGCGGACAGGAGGAGGAAUAAGAGGACGGCGAGUAGAAGGCCGUCAGAAUCGCGAGGAGACGGUUCGUUGGGUUAGAGACUCCGUGCAUUUUUCGGAGUCUCUUGUGUCCUCCUCGUCGCAGAACGCCGUCUUCUUUGAUGUGGAAAGCGAUGAAAAUGAGAGUGAGAGCUCUGUCCAGGGUUCCCUGAGGUCGGGAUCAUUUUCUAACGAGGGGAAAGCGGUCUCCUGGGGCAACUCAGAAUCCAGAUUGCAUGCUGGACAAGCUGAGAUAGGGAAAAUUCAUGAAAUCGACGGUUCCAGAGAGGAGUUGGAAGCUGAAUCCAAUGGACAUAGCAUUCCAGUUGAAAGUGAGGAAGAAAAGGAAGACGACACUUAUGAAGAUAGAGAACCUUCCAAAGCUGAUGUAGAAGUUGAAGCUGAUGAUUCUUCCAGUCAAAAGGUUAUCCAACUCGAUUGUGAAGAUGGCAAUGAAACGGAAGAAGAUAUGGCGCUCGAUGAUGUUGAAAAGGAUUGGGGAUCUUCGGUCAAAAAUGACGAGCUUUCUGGACAGAGAGACGUUAAGGAAUCAGAUGAAGAUGGUGCGAAAGCUAAAGAAAAAAUGACGACUGAUUCUUGUGUCGCAAAGAGGACUCGAUCAUCUGUGGGAAAGCAGCAGAGAGUUUCAUAUGUUCAAUAUUUUGAAGAGGAUGAGUCAGAUGAUGAUGACGCAGACGGGGAAGCAUCGCAGGAAGAUGUGCCAUAUGAUCAUACCAAUGAACUCGCUGCCGAAAGCAUGAGGAGUACAUUUGAAGGCAGAACCGAUGGGUGCAAGGAGAAAGGGAGGUGUUCUGCGUCUUUGCUGAAGAAGAGAAGGUUCUCAGUUACCAACAUCCCUCUGUCAGUUAGCAACACUGAAACUAGCACUGGUGGCCCUGCGAGCCGUGGUGGCUUUGGCAUUUCAGUUCGCACCCAGUCACAUUUUGAUUCAAAGCUUGAUGAGAAGGAAAACAAGCCUGGGAUCGCUACUGAGACAUUUUGUCUAGAUGUGGAUGAAUCUGAUGAGCUUUUUGGCUUAAAUAAAGAGGAUAAGAAGGGUGGUGAAAAUGGUACCGAUGGUGGUGAGAGAGAAGGGAUCAAACUGGAGGGAUUCCGUGUUGGAAAAUUCCAAAAGAGAGAGCGGGAUAGGCCAUUAAAACAUUCUGGUAUCAAAAUCUGUCUUGAUGCAUUUUUCAGCCACACAGAAAAGCUUCCGGUUGAUUCCUUUCCUCCCAAGAAUGAGCCAUACUGUGAGGAACCUGACUUUUUCUCUUUUGAAGUACCAAAAGGAGUUGAGAAAUCUGACUCUGAAAAAGCAAUGGAUGAACUGUGGGCUGAUUUUGAAUUCGCUAUGGGCUUAGAGAACAUUGGCACUUACAAUGCUGAUAAGUGUCAAGGAGAAGAAUUCAACACACAGGAGCCAGAAUAUGAUCCAUUAACUUCAUGCUGUGAAGGGAAACAUUGUUUUAUCCUCGAUGAACAAACAGGAAUCAAAUGCAAGUUCUGCUCUUUUGUUCAGCUGGAGAUCAGAUACAUUUUUCCGUCUUUGGAAACAAACACUUGGGAGAAGUCUGAGUGGAAAUGUUUCAGCAGUGAGAGUGGCCAACUGCAUUUUAACGACCUUUGUGAGACAUUGACGAAGUUAAAUGGACAAGCUUCUCAUAGUCAUUUAUGUGGAACUGUGUGGGAUCUCAUUCCAGGUGUCUAUACAACUAUGUAUGAGCAUCAGCAGGAAGCAUUUGAAUUUAUGUGGAGAAAUCUAGCUGGGGGGAUUCACCUUGAUGAGUUAAAGUCGGGUUCUGGAUCUGAUGUGCUUGGUGGUUGUGUGAUUUCUCAUGCCCCUGGAACAGGAAAGACCCGUUUAUCCAUUGUUUUUAUUCAAACUUACAUGAAGGUUUUCCCAGAAUGUAGGCCUGUGAUUAUUGCUCCCAGUGGAAUGCUCCUUACAUGGGAAGAAGAAGCCAGGAAAUGGGAUGUCAGUAUACCUAUCCAUAAUUUGAAUUCCUUGGAAUACAAUGGGAAGGAAGAUAAAGAGGCACUUUCCCUGGCAGAGAAAGAACCUCAAAGAAGCAAUCUGAUACGUCUUGUGAAACUCUGUUCAUGGGGCAGAGGCAAUAGUAUCCUUGGAAUAAGCUAUAAUUUGUUCAAGCAACUAACAUCCAAGGCUUCAACUGGUUUAAGUAAGAUCCUUCUUGAGAAGCCAGGUUUGCUUGUUCUUGAUGAGGGCCAUAUUCCUAGAAAUGAACGGAGUCUUAUAUGGAAGGUAUUAGGAAAAGUCAAAACUGAGAAGCGUAUCAUCCUUUCUGGAACUCCUUUUCAGAAUAAUUUUGUUGAGCUUUACAAUAUUUUGUGUCUGGUAAGACCUAAGUUUGCUGAAAAGAUCUCGAAUAAAACAUUGAAAUCCUGUAGGAGGCAAGAGAUUUUCUUAGACAAGGAACAAGCUAUCCUAGCAGGAGAAAAUGGGGGGAAAGGAAUAUGGGCUACUCUAACUAGUGAUGUUACCAAUGACAAUGUUGAGGAAGUCCGAUCAAUAUUAAAACCUUUUGUGCAUGUUCAUAAUGGUAGCAUCCUUAAAAAUCUUCCAGGUUUGAGGGAGUGUUUAAUUGUUUUGGAUCCACUGCCUCAGCAGAAAAGCAUUAUUGAGAAAAUAAAGUGCAUUGGGUCACAUGGCAACUUCGAGAGGGAAUAUAAGGUAUGCUUAGCUUCCAUUCAUCCUUCACUUGUGACUCAUCUGAACAUGUCUGAGGAAGAAGAAUCUCUGGUCGAUACUAAUUUGCUAGAAAAACUGAAAUUGAGCCCAGUUGAGGGUGCAAAAACACGAUUCGUCAUAGAAGUUGUUCGGUUGUGUGACCCACUCAAUGAGAAGGUGUUGAUCUUCAGUCAGUAUAUACAGCCAUUGGUUAUGAUCAAAGAACAACUAAUUAAUGAAUUUGGUUGGAAUGAGGGAAAGGAGGUGUUACAGAUGGAUGGAAAGAUUCUCACAAAAAAUCGUCAACCUUCAAUAGAUAUUUUUAAUGAUACAAAAGGCAAAGCAAAAGUGCUACUUGCCUCAACCAAGGCUUGCUGUGAAGGGAUAAGCUUGACAGGGGCAUCAAGGGUUAUACUGCUGGAUGUUGUUUGGAACCCAGCGGUAGGUAGGCAAGCAAUCAGCAGAGCUUAUAGAAUUGGACAAAAGAAAUUUGUAUACGCAUACAAUUUGAUCACAUUUGGAACAGGUGAAAGAGAAAAGUACGAUAAGCAAUCCAAAAAAGAUCUCUUGUCGAAAUUGCUCUUCUCCCCGGAAAUUGAUUUCAAUAAUCUCAGAAACAGUAUCUCACAGUCAGAGGAGGGACACUUUCCCAAAAUUAUCUCUGAAGAUAAGAUUUUGGAACAGAUAGUUGAAAGACUGAAAAUUAUGUUUGUGGACAUCUACUACCCACCAAAGGAGUACUGUAUAUGCGCAUAG